AACAGCCUGCCCCAUUCUCAUUAUCAACAAAGGGAUCGAUUAGGGUAACUAGCUUGGAAUUUCUUCGAAGAUGACAGUUUCUCUGGGAAAGUUGGCCGCAAUAGCGUUGCUGCUGCUGCAUCUUCUGCCUGCAGAUGAUAUCCCUUCCUCCUCUGCGCUGCGGCCUUGUGGUUACAAUAGGGAUAGUACUCAACUGCAAAUGGAUAACUGGAGAUCAGAAGCAGAUGGCGUCAAGAAGUCUGAAAAUGGUGGAUAUUUUGCUGAGAUUUCAACCAGAAACUCAGCAGCGAUCCUCCGAAGAAGCUUGGGAACAAAAGUUCUGCCGAAGCGAGCACCACCACCGCCCAUCGUGAAUCGAAAGAAAGCACAUAAGGUGGCAUAAUCUAGUUGUGGGAUGUGGCUGUUUAUACAUUGGUCUUUCAGAGAUGAAGGAUGAGGAGGAGGAACCAAGGAAGUGUUGCUCAAACGAAAAGGAAGAACAAGAACGCGGAAGGCAUCAACGUGUAGAUUGAUUAAUCUACAGCCAGAUAGGAAUUGAUAAUUCAAUUGAUAUAUAAUCAAAAUACGGUGUUCUUAGCUAAUUAGCAUAAAUGGUCAUAUAUGUUUUACUUUGUACAAAAUAAUCACGAAAAUUUAAUUCGGCAUGGUUGGAUUAUAACACAGGUUAGAGGGUUGUAACAAAAUGAUCAAUUUCAUCUAUCUCCAUCCGAAAAUACCUUAAAUUUGAGCAAAUGUCCAUAUUCUGAAUGUGGAGUAACUUCACUGUGCACAUCCCUAUAAAAAAAACCACAUCAAAAUCCCAUUCAAGAUUCUCCACAAAAUAAUAUAAAAUCCGCCUUCAGUUUAGUUUCAUGGACAAUCAAGAAAUUCCCUUCAAUGGACCUAGACUCUACCGCAAUUUUUUUUUAUAGCUCACGGAAAGAGAAUAGUGAUGAACGAAACUCAUUGAUUUCCUUUCACUAUCAAUUAAGGGAUGGUUUGGAGAACGGGAUUCAGGGCGUGAAUUCAUUGAAUUAGUAGAUUUUGUAAAAAUUAUAUUUUUGUUAUUUUUUUGUAUUGUAGAUUUUAGAUUUAGAGAUUUCAAAUCUCUAAAAUAUGCGGAUAUCAAAUCUCUCAUAAUCAGAGAGAUUCUAUAUCUUGAUUCGUGGAAUUUUUUCUCUUCUUUUUAUUUACUUAUUUUUCAUAUUAAAUAUAUUUAUCAACAAAGUUUUUAAUAUUUCUCGAAAUACUCUAAUUUUUUAUUAAGGAUAAACAUGUUAUUUAAUAUAAAAUUAAAUUUUUUAUUUUCAUUGAAUGUUAACAAUCACAGUUACCAAACAAUAGACAUUUUAAAAUCCAUUUUCAACAAUCCAAAGUUUUAGAAUCUUUAAAUCGUUGACAAUCUAUAGAUUUAAACUCAUAUUCUCCAAACGAACCCUAAGCCUCCAUCCGGUUGCUCAACCAUAUGCACCUUUCAAAAGACCAAAACGUCUGCACAAAGCAGCAUCAAACUCAUUCCAAAGCAAGAAUGGACGUCGAGACUCCAUCUCCAAACCCACACAUCUGACCUACAUCCAAAGUGAGUUGCCUCCUUCUCAACUUUCUCAUGCUCAGGUAUACCAUACAAUCCAAACAAGUUUUCACACAACCUAAUCCAUUUUUUAGGACUUUCACCAUUGAAAUAAGGAAAUUCAAAAGCAGAAUAGAGGUGAAAUUAUCAUAAGGUUGACCGUUGAUGACACGUGAAGUGUAUAUUCUAGACCCUCCGUAUUGUAAGUUGUGACAAAAAGUGCGUACAUUUCCCAUCAUUAUUGUCACAAUGCUUUCAAUAAUUGUUGUGAUUGCUUCAAGUAUGUUCCAGCAACCUUAGAAUUGCUUUUAUAUAAUUGAUGCACUUUUGGGUAGCGUUUUGUACAUUUUAAGGAUCGAGCACCCUAGUGGGCACUUGGAAGCCGUAGGAAACAUCGAGCCCAAGUUGUUGGAGCAAGAAUUCAAAGACUGGACGCCAAUAAAGAAAGAUGCCAACGAUGUCGUUUUAACUGAAGGAAAGAGCGGACAAGGUGUCGUUUUGAUGGAACCAACCACUUCGUCAAGAAGUUAUCUAGAAGCAAUCUGAUUUGCUGGUCACAUGUGUUGGGACUUUUUGGACGAGGGUACACGUACGAUAGCCCGAGACCGGGUGACUAGGAUUAUGGUAGAGUUUUGAACUACGUUCACUUUCCGUAAAGAAUAUUUCCACCGUUUACAAAGCCUUGAGUUACAGAAAAUUUCUUCAAAGGAUAAAACUAUCAACACUUUAGGUUCUAGGCUUAAGUACCUAAAGUAUACUUCGCAACUUUCUUAGGAAGAAGAGAAUCAAGUUCGUUGUCUCAC